UUUUGCCAUCGAAGCGGUUGUGUCGCGGUUCUUUUGAAAACUUCCUUUGAAACUUGUCCGGCUGAGAAAAAUUAAAUAAUCAGUAAAACAUGACUAGCGAGAAGUAUUUAACCUUGAACAAUGGGCUGAAAAUGCCUUUAAUUGGCGUGGGCACAUGGCAGGCAUCCGAUGAGGAAAUCGAGACGGCCAUUGAUGCUGCCCUGGAGGUGGGGUAUCGCCACAUCGACACAGCGCCAGUUUAUGGCAACGAGCCGGCAAUUGGGCGUGUGCUCAAGCGCUGGCUGGAUGCUGGCAAGGUGAAGCGUGAGGAGCUGUUCAUUGUGACCAAGCUGCCACCCAUUUUGAAUCGCCCGCACGAAGUGCUGCCAACCAUUAAAAAAUCGCUGGCCGAUUUGCAGCUGGACUAUGUGGAUCUGUACCUCAUUCAUACGCCCUUCACGCUGAACAUCAACGAGGAUGGCAGCUUCAAGAUUGAUGCAGAGGGUCUCAUGGAGGUGGAUCCGACCACAGAUCAUGCUGCCAUCUGGCUGGAAAUGGAGAAGCUGGUGGCCCAGGGCCUGGCCAAGUCCAUUGGCGUCUCCAACUUCAGCAAGGAUCAGGUGGCGCGUCUGCUGAAGAACUGCAAGAUUCGCCCAGCCAACAAUCAGAUCGAGCACCAUGUGUACCUGCAGCAGCGUGAACUGGUGGACUUCUGCAAGGCCGAGAAUGUGGCCGUCACAGCUUACUCCCCACUGGGCUCGAAGGGCAUUGCCGCGUUCAAUGCAGGCGCUGGAAUUGUGCGAGAUUUGCCCGACCUCAUGGACAUACCGGAGGUCAAGGAGAUUGCCGCUGCCCACGGCAAAUCCCCGGCUCAGGUGCUGCUGCGCUGGAUCCUCGACAAUGGGCUGUGCGCCAUUCCCAAGAGCACAAACGCGGCACGCCUGAAGCAGAAUCUGGAUGUGUUUGACUUUAAGCUGAGCGAGGCGGAGGUGGCCAAGCUGCAGGCAUUGGAUAAGAAUAUUCGCGUGUGUGAUUUUGCCUUCUUCCAUGGCGUGGAGCGGCAUCCGGAAUUCACAUUCAAGAAUCAGUACACCAAUUAGGCAAAGAAACUCCAACGAAUGCUCGACACAUGCACCAUGCACCAUAUAUAUACAUAUAUAUUCAAAUAUAUAUGCAUAUGAAAAUAUAAUUAACUAUAUGUAUGUGUGUCCCAGCCGCGCACAUAACCGAUCAACCGAUCGAUCCAGGCAGUUAGAUCCCCUACAGCAAAAUGCUACGUGCUCUCUGUCAUGGUGGAAUUAUUUACAAGGUGACUGUGCGAGGAUCACUAACUUAUUCACCACGCUCCUAAAGACAAGCGCUAGAAAGGGAUAGAGUGUGGUGCAGACCUCACCUUGUAAGUAAUUUCAACCAUGCUCUCUGUUGUGUGCGUUUUGUUUUGAAAAAAGUUCGGAAAAAGCAUUAACGAAGAAACCAAAAUAAACAUGUAUUUAGUAGUAAAACACAGACACUUGCAACACACACAGACACACCCAAGCGCGUGCAGAAUGAGGUUGAGGAUUUUGUGAGUGGUUAGUUUUAGCGCAGAAUCCCCUAACAGAUCCUGUCAAGUUGGCUGCUGGCUAGCGGCUGGAAUGUUGUGAAGAAACUAAACAAUUUUGUGCAAUAUUUGGUUUAUUAUUUGUGGUAUUUUAAAGACAAUUGCGAUAAGUAAGUUGCCCUUACCUUAGUUAUGUUUAAGAGUUAAUUUUCAACCAACUGACAGAUGGACCUACUGCCCAUCGAGGUAUUAUAAAUUUUGUAUAUUAAAGCGCUGACUGACA